GGGAAGCGGUGAAGAGAGAGAGCAGGGAGAGAGAGUACAGACUGUCAAGGUGGAAGAGAGGGCAGCGGUAAGUGAGGAAGACACAGAGAUUCCAGAGAAAGAACAUAUUGAAACAGUGGCAGGAGAGAAAGCGGAGGAGGUCCAGUCUCGUCCUUCUGCCCAGCUCAGUGUCCAACCUAUGGUCAGGAUUGAGAUGGAAUGCAGUGACGAUGACCAGAGUGACAGCGGGGUGUCCACUGACUUCUCCCCUGUCAGCACACACGAGAUCCACACGACCACAGCCCCCAUCAUGGACAACAAGGCUCCCCCACCCCAGAAGGAGACUCCCAUCGAGAGGGAGAUCCGUCGAUCUGCUGAAAGGGAGCAGAGCCUGCGUCGGUCCAGGUGCAUGUCAAACACCCAGGAAGGUCAGGAGGUGGUAGACAUCCCCCUGAUGAAGACUCCGCUGCUGGCUAAGACACUGUCCUCUAAGGCAGGGCCGGGGCAGGGCGCUGACUGGCAGUUCUCCGAGAAGAAGAUGCAGAAGGAGAUCAGCCAGGAGAUCCAUAGGGAGCUUGUCCUGGUGAACAUGGGGAAGAUCCCUGGAGUCUACAGCAAGGGAACAGUACGCCAGAUGAGGGAGAGGAAGCUGCUGUUUGAAGCCUUCCAACAAGGCAAUGCAGAGGGACCCACCAGGCACAGGAGACCCCUCACCACAGCAGGCCUGGGGAUGAGAGGUUAUGUCUACCCCUCUGUGCUGGAGAGGACGCGUAGCAUGGAGCUUGUCUCUUUUAAAGGCUGCCCUCUCUCAAGAGCCCACUCCCACCAGCUGUUUGACUUAAAGGCCCAAAAGGAUGCUAGCUUAGGCCAAAACCCAAGUGCAGAGAACCAACCCGCCGCUAAAGGAGCAGCGAGGAAGGUGGUUAUUCUGGAAAGUGACGACACAAUCAUAGCCCACUAUCCGAACCGAGACAGAGGAGCUCAGCGCCUCUACAGAAGCCUAGACUGCCUAAGUAUAGGGGGCACUGUCUCUACAGAGGAGGAGGCUACGGAUGAGGUGAGGGUAGAACAGCCAGGGGAUGAGGACGACAUCCUCAGGGAGAACCCCUUCUUUAAGCUGCGUCCCUCACUGGCCAUGAAGCCGGAGGUGGAGAGGGACAUCCGGGAAGCCAGGGAGAGGGAGGAGGAGCUGCGCAGGCAGAGGUGUAGUCUGUACGGAGAGGCAGGAGUCAGUGGGGGCAGGCCAGACGGCACAGAGGACCCCAGCCCAGAGUCACCUACCACACGCAUUCCCUCAUCCACCUCCUCUUUCACAGCAUCAGUUGAUGGCCGACAAUCCAAGGGGAAGUUGGAUCGGACCUGGCCCCCUCCAAAUCCUAAGAGUGCUAGGGUGAACCCUGGACAAACACAGGAGCCCAAGGUUUACAAGGCAGGAGGCCAGAAAACCCCUCUGUGGCAGCGUUGGGAGGCAGGUAUGGUGAACAGGCCACUGCCACGGGAACAGGACUGAUACUGGAGGUCACCAAUCCCAGGACUUCUAUAAGAUUAGCGUUUCAAAUGUAUAACUGGGAUGGUAGAACUGCAUAAUUCACUACGAUGGCAGAAACCAGAAUUAGUAUUAGCUUGAACAUUCCAUGCUUUGUAAGACUAAAAUCUGUUUUGUAUAUAACAUUACAAUUUCAUGACAAAUAUUCACAAUGUACAAAAGACGUCCUCUCUCAUUUAACUGCUCUGCUUGUAAAGGUUUAACUACUGUUCAGUGUUCGAUCAAAAUGACAAAUGUCAUCCACAAUUCAGAGAAAUGUCAUUAUCAAGGACUGCAUAAAUGUGAAGGUAAUCAAAACUACUAUAAAUGUUUCAAUAAACGUACAAAUGCCGUAAUCAUAUCUCAGUCCGUACAUAUCUCAGUUUUGUUCCAUCAGGCUCUGCUUAUCAGUAUUGUACAAUUUGUUAAUACAAUCCAGUGAGGAGAAAUUAAGA